AUGCUUUAUACUUGUAUGUUACUUACAUUUCUACAUGCUAUCUCUGGAUAUGAAAACAUUGCUUUGAAUAAACCUACACACCAAUCACAUGAAUAUAUCUAUAAGAAGUAUGGGACAGCACCAUUCGACUCCAGCAAUGCCGUAGACGGUCUGAAGACUGAUCUUUCAGCUUUUGGAGGUCAAUGUGUGAUAUCCGGAAAUGGAUACAACACCGCCACCUGGUGGGUAAACCUGACGUCAAUCCAAAGCAUUCAUGAUAUCCGGAUAUACUAUAGGACUGACAAUACACCAUGGGAUUCCUUGAAUGGUUUUGCUACAAGAUUUUUAGGAUUUUAUGUUUAUGUUUCUAACACAACGAACAAAGUGGAUGGUGAAUUAUGUUUUCAUGACACAAACUACAGUAGAGCCACGAUUCCAGCCGUCCUCGACAUACCGUGUCUCGUACAUGGGCAGUACGUCAUUUACUACAACGAGAGGCCUCAGAAUUCGUCAUAUUCCAGUCAAUAUUCGCCAGAUGCACACAAUGAACUAUGUGAAGUUGAGGUCAAUGGUUGCAAUAAAACAGGGUAUUAUGGACCGACCUGCUCUAUCCCCUGUCGAAGGAAUUGUUGUUAUUGUCACAUAGAGACGGGGGCUUGUCAAGGAUGUAAACCUGGAUAUAAGGGACAUAACUGUGAAAUACAGUGUAAUGGAGGGUGGUAUGGUCAGGACUGCGCCCAUAAAUGUGGUGCCUGUUUUGGUGGUGACAGACAAUGCCACCACAAUGUUUGCCGGGGACAUUUGAUAGAAACUGUAAAGGGAAUUGCUCUCAAAAUUGUCGAAUACCUGGACAAUGUUAUGCAAGAACGGGGGCGUGUAAAGGGGGAUGCCAGCCCGGAUGGGAGGGGCCACAAUGUGAAACGGUUUGCAUAG